AUGUAUGAAAACAUGUCCACAAUGGUGUAUUUAAAGGAAGAGAAGUUGGAGAAGCUUACUCAAGAUGAAAUCAUUGCCAAAACUAAGCAAGUGAUUAAUGGACUAGAGGCACUGAAGAAUGAACACAACUCAAUUUUACAGAGCUUACUAGAAACACUGAAAUGUUUGAAGAAAGAUGAUGAAACUAAUCUGGUUGAAGAAAAAUCAAACAUGAUUCGAAAGUCACUGGAAAUGCUGGAGCUUGGCCUUAGUGAAGCACAGGUAAUGAUGGCCUUGUCAAAUCACUUAAAUGCAGUGGAGUCAGAGAAGCAGAAAUUGCGUGCUCAGGUUCGCCGGCUAUGCCAGGAAAAUCAGUGGCUACGGGAUGAACUAGCCAAUACACAACAGAAAUUACAGAAAAGUGAACAAUCUGUGGCUCAACUGGAGGAAGAGAAGAAACAUCUAGAAUUCAUGAAUCAAUUAAAAAAAUAUGACGAUGAUAUUUCACCAUCAGAGGAUAAAGAUACGGAUUCCACCAAAGAGCCUUUGGAUGACUUAUUUCCCAAUGAUGAAGAUGACCAAGGACAAGGAAUUCAACAGCAGCAUAGCAGUGCAGCAGCUGCUGCCCAACAAGGUGGCUAUGAAAUUCCAGCAAGAUUAAGGACACUUCAUAAUCUUGUUAUUCAGUACGCUUCCCAAGGUAGAUAUGAGGUUGCUGUACCUCUCUGUAAACAAGCUCUUGAAGAUCUGGAGAAGACUUCAGGUCAUGAUCAUCCUGAUGUUGCCACUAUGUUGAACAUACUUGCUUUGGUGUACAGAGACCAGAACAAAUACAAAGAUGCAGCAAAUCUCCUGAAUGAUGCCUUGGCUAUCCGUGAAAAGACUUUGGGCAAAGAUCAUCCAGCGGUGGCAGCAACUCUAAACAAUCUUGCAGUACUUUAUGGUAAACGGGGAAAGUACAAAGAAGCUGAACCAUUGUGUAAGCGAGCUCUGGAAAUCAGAGAAAAGGUCCUGGGGAAAGAUCACCCUGAUGUUGCCAAACAAUUAAAUAACCUGGCUUUACUAUGUCAGAACCAGGGUAAAUAUGAGGAGGUUGAAUACUACUAUCAGAGGGCACUGGAAAUUUACCAAACUAAGCUAGGACCAGAUGAUCCAAAUGUUGCAAAAACAAAGAAUAACCUGGCAUCCUGCUAUCUAAAACAGGGCAAAUUUAAGCAAGCGGAAACUUUAUACAAAGAGAUUCUUACUCGUGCUCAUGAACGGGAAUUUGGCUCUGUAGAUGAUGAAAAUAAGCCUAUUUGGAUGCAUGCAGAAGAGAGGGAAGAAUGCAAAGGAAAGCAAAAAGAUGGCACAUCUUUUGGAGAGUAUGGUGGCUGGUACAAAGCUUGCAAAGUUGACAGUCCAACAGUAACAACUACCUUAAAGAACCUUGGGGCACUUUACAGACGACAGGGCAAAUUUGAAGCUGCUGAAACAUUAGAAGAGGCAGCAAUGAGGUCUCGUAAACAGGGUCUUGACAAUGUUCAUAAACAGAGAGUUGCUGAAGUGCUGAAUGACCCUGAGAGCAUAGAAAAAAGGCGAAGCCGAGAAAGCCUCAAUGUUGAUGUGGUAAAGUACGAGAGUGGUCCUGAUGGAGGCGAGGAAGUGAGUAUGAGCGUAGAAUGGAAUGGGGAUGGCACUGGAUCUUUAAAACGCAGUGGUUCCUUUAGCAAACUUCGUGCUUCCAUUAGACGGAGCAGUGAGAAGCUGGUUAGAAAGCUGAAGGGAGGAAGUUCACGGGACAGUGAACCAAAGAAUCCAGGCAUGAAGCGUGCCAGUUCUCUGAAUGUUCUUAACAUGGGUGGCAAGGCUACUGAAGAUCAUUUUCAAGAACGAAAUAAUUGUCUGACAGACUCAAGAGCUCUGAGUGUCAGUCAUACUGAUUUGGCGCAUUGAGAUUCUUGGACAGAAGCUAGCUAAUAUUCCUUUGUGAAUAAAGAAGCACUGAGACCUUCAAAGCUUUGGUUCCUCAUCAUUAUGUAUAGGAACAUCUAGUUUGUAGACUUUUGGGUUUUUUUCCUCCAAUGGACUGCUGUUUUUACUUUUCUAAAUAGGGACAAUUUUAAACACAGCAUUAGUGGGUAUUUUCUUCUACAGGAAAACUAUAUAGAUAUAUAUUGCUCAUUGCACUGCUCCCAUUCAUGCUACUUAAAGUUGAUUUCUUUAAUACAUCUGAAUAUUACAGCAGCCAAAAAAAUUUAAAAAUACAAACAUAUUUAAAGCAUACCAAAAUGCAAACGUGUUUGAAAAUGCAGGCAAAAUUAAAUGCGUAGUGCUAAAUAUAUACAGUGCUGGAAUGAGAAAAGGAUAAAUUUAUGCGCAUUACUGUAUAAAUUCAGAUUGAGCAUACUGUAUUGGUGGGGCUUUCCUUUGCACCACUGAUUAAUGUUAGAAACCUUAGCUGGCAAAACAGCACUUAGACAUGGCUUACUGAACCACUAGAUCAAGCUGUUAAAUUUUACAGAAGAGAUGGUUGGGGUUACAUUACAUACAGAUAGCGUGAAUAGCAAUACCUGUGACCAGAACUUUGAUGCUUGUUGAUAUACGUCUUAGGGCACAAUAGGCGAUAGAGACAGGACAGUUCAUGUUGAUCAGGAGAAAUGGAAAUUGUUUUGACCUUUGCGUUGUAUGGUUGAAGAAUACUGAAGUUUUGGACUGCAACUGUCCCAGAGCAGCUGCUGUUGCUCUUAGGGAGACAUCAAGCCUCAGGUUGACUUUCUUGCUUGUCCACUGGAAUUCACAAUCCCAUUCUCUGUAUGCUGAAAGUGCUCCAACAUUUCCUUAUGCUUAUCCCAAAUCCUGCUUUUCUCCGUAAUAGCCGAUGACAGCAGAAGCAGGCAACUGCACGCUAGGCUGUUACACUGUGGAGUAGCUGCUGUGCAAAGGACCACUCAAAUCCUAAGGGCCCCAGUGGAAGCACUAGAUGGCUGUAAGUGGCAAGCAACUCGUUUGACCACACAUCCAUGUUAAAUCUACUUACGGUUAAUAUAUAUGCUGUCUGUAUACAGGACUGCUGCUGGAACAAAGUAUGUAUGUUUUAAGUAUUUUAUAGAUGCUAGUAUUUCCUUUUGCUUUUCUGUAAAGCUUGUAAUUUUGUUCAUCUUUUGUAAAAAUUCUUAUUCAUGUGAAGCUGGAUGAGAAAGUAAAAAAAAACCAACCAGUGUGUGUACAAAUGUAUUUGUGGUCAUAGUUGUGAGUUGGAAAAUGCCGAACAAAAUUAACUUUGGGAAAAGCUGGAAUAUUCAUUCAAGGUUAGCACCAACUGAUGGAGGUAAAACAUAGUGACAUAAGCAAGUUUUAAUAUUUGAACAAGGUGUGAAGAGUCAUUAGAAUUAGUACUUCGUAGAAGUAUUUGAGUGGCUUUGCAUCUGGUCUUAAGUUGUGUUACAAUACCUGAUGCAAAAAGUUGUAUAUGUAAUGCACUUGACUAUGUUUACCAGGAGGUACCUUAUUAGCAUCUCUUUAAAGCAAGCUGUGUAUGGUAUAACUGCCAUAAAGACAGUUUAGAAAUGGUGAGAUAUGAUGCUGCUAAUAUGUAGAAGUUUUAGCACAGAGUAGUGCAAUUCAUUAAAGAACUUGAGCAAGAACAGAUUGUUGCUCAGUUAUCUUAACAAUAUAUACUCAUAAUGUAGACUCUAGAGUUUUAAUCUUUUUAUUAAGAGCUUUUUAU